ACUGCUCUGAACUCAAAACCAAUAAAUGACACUGUUUUUUUUUUUUUUUUUGGUUUUUUUUUUUUUUUACUUUUUUUCACUUUCUCCAAACACCCUACCAUUUUAUGUAUGAUUAAAAAGUACUUCUUUGAUGUUUAAAACAACCCGUCUGCUCUAUUUUCCCGCUACAGUUUAUUUUUGUUGUGGGCCUACUCUGCAAUGCAUGACUCUCUGGCUGUGUUUCUGGUGCUCUGUCAGCUUCCGGGAAAUCUUCUAUUGCCUUUAUAUGUGCGUGUAAAUAUAAUUUCAGUUUGCAAAUCAGACUAAUCGAUAACGCAUUAUAGAUAAUUUAUCAAAAUGAACAAUUUAUGCAACACUCUGCCUGAUUGGACGAGAGUGUCAAUUUGUUUCACUCUGCUGAUUGUGCUACGCUGGGUGAAAUGUAGACAAAGCGUUUAUCCUAAACGAGUAAACGACGCUGUUCACAGUUUUAAAGCUAAGUUUCGCUCAGUAUAUUUAGCAAGAAUAUUGAUAUAUCUAUUGAUAAGUAAGUUUAAUAAAUAUGAUAAAAGCCUGUUCAAAUACCAACAUAUAUCAAUUUACAGAAAGAGAUGAAUACGGUCUGCGUAUUACAUGAAUAAAGGUGUGAUUAGAGUCUUCUAUGUAGAGAAGUGCCUUCCAGACCGCUGCUGUAUUUGUCGUUGAAUAAACGAAACAAAAUUGCACAUCUAGGAAACCUUUGUGAACAUUUUAAAGAGAACCAUUUAAAUUGUUAAGUGUGGUGUUUUGCUAUUUGCAAAAUGUUAGAUAGAUGAUAGAAUGACACGAUUUGCAAACCUCAUAUACUUCUUGUCUUACUACAAUUAGCCGACAAUCAUUUUUAAAGAUUGUCCUUGUUAUAGAUUCACAUUUGCCUUUGUCUAUGUGAAAUAUAUCAUAUAAAAUAUAAGUAUAUUCAAAUGAUUCACGGAAACUACUGUGAUAAAAUCAAGAUAUAUACUAUUACGCAUUCGUCUAUAACUACCGUGUAUGCUGUGCUAUAAUUAUGAGUUAAGUAUAAAAAAAGUUUUAAGUAUUUUGCCUAUUGUCAUUUCUAACGUACUGAAACAUGCAUUCAAUGAGUUUAAGUGCAUAUAAACACAUGUCUGCCAUCUAAAGUUAUCGCUCGGGGGGAUUUAAAUUGGUCGUUUGAUAAAAAUGUUAAUACAGGUGGUCUUAUGUACGAUGACGUCUGUUAAUAAGAUUGAUAUUAAAUUCUUCACUUAUCAGCUCGGAUCAGUGUGUAUUUUAUUGACAAAUAUGUCAAGAGCAUUUUUGAUUCUCUUUUUUAUCAGUGCUGAAAUUGGUUUUGGUGAUACCAUUGUAAAUAUGCACACAAUUGCCGAUCAUCUUUGGACAACAUUAACUACAAUGAUGUUUUAACAGGAAACAGAAAAAUAAAUACAAAUGAUGCAAACUGGAUUAUUUGAACUGCUUAUCAUUUUCUGUUGAACUUCCAUAACAAGAAUAGUGUUGACUUUUAAAGACAAAUAUGUUAAGGAAUAUGAACGAAAGGAAGAUCGCACUAUAUUGGAAUAGUAUAUUUUAUUUUAUGAUUAUUCUUCUGGUAUUGACCAGUGUACGAACGACUGCAAUAAGGGAUAUAGAUGAUAUUGACGAAUGUAAGUACAAAGACAGUUACAUAUGCAACUUUGGAACAUGUCAUAAUUAUAAAGGAGGAUGGAAUUGCACUUGCGGGGAUGGUUAUUACCCUCAAGAAAUAGUACCAAAUAAAAUUUACCAGUGUGUCGACAUUGAUGAAUGCGCCGAAAACAAAAUUGACUGUUCUGGACAUGGAAAUUGUAAGAAUGUGCCAGGCGGUUAUACAUGUGUAUGUGAUACAGGAUUUAAUUUCAACGAAACUAAUAAGUCGUGCGAAGACAUUGAUGAAUGCACCGAAAACGAAAUUGACUGUUCUGGACAUGGAAAUUGUAAGAAUGUACAAGGUGAUUAUACGUGUGUAUGUGAUGCAGGAUUUAUCUUCAACGAAACUAAUAAGUCGUGCGAAGACAUUGACGAGUGUCAAUCACCUAAAUAUACCUGUGGUGGUGAAGGGAAAUGCUUUAAUACAGAUGGCAAAUGGACUUGCAGUUGCCCUGAUUUCGGAUAUCGAAGGCAUGUGUAUUCAGAAGACGUGAUAGUCUGUGAAGAUAUAGACGAAUGUUCGGAUAGUUAUUUCUACUGUGGUGGCACUUGUAAUAACACUCAGGGUAACUGGACUUGCGAAUGUGACAAAGGAUACACAAGAGAUUCAAAUAAUGAAGCAACAAUCAUUACUUGCGAAGAUAUAAACGAAUGUGAACUCCAAGAGUCUUGCAUUGGUGGUGUUUGUAAUAAUCUAGACGGAUCAUGGACAUGCAUUUGCCCAGAGGGGAAGGAACCUAAGACCAUCAAUUCUACUACAAUACUUUGUUCAGGAGGAUAUGUGUACACUGCGACGAUAGGUAUAACAGUAACUGGUCCAGCAGAAAAUAAAGAUCAUGAACUGAAAGUAUAUUUGGAGACACAGAUAAAAAAUGCUUAUGAAUCGCAAUAUCCGGAGCAGAAUGUACGCGUCGAAAUCAUAUCCAUUUCAAAGGACAGUACUGAUAGGAAGAAACGGCAAACAUCUGAAAACCUAGCUGUUGAAUUUGUUUUGCAUUUUGAUGAACCAUUAGACUCGGUAAACAUUACAACUGCAUGGCAAGACUAUAGGAAGGAAAGUUGCCCAAAGGGAAUAUGCAAAUCAGAGAAGAAUGAUAUAUCUGUCGAUCUACCGUUCAAUGUGAUAUUUGAAGAAGAUGUAGUAUUUGAAGAAAAUAAGCAAACUGAUGGAUUAUGCAGUAUACCACAAAAUAAUUUAUGCAACCCUGAUUCAACAAAAUGCCAAUACAUCCACGCCACAUUAAAUUGUGAAUGUAAGAAAGGUUACACACGCAAAUCGGAUUAUGAAUGCAAAGUUUCAAAAAAUACCUGUAAUGAAAAUCCAUGCCAGAAUUACGGUUCAUGUCAUAUGAUUGAUGAGGACACCGAUUUUGAGUGCAGGUGCCGUGAUGGGUGGACGGGAAAAACUUGCGAGGUCGUACAAUUAGCGGAAACAGACGAUACGAAUCCUCCGACAGAUUUCAAAACAACAAUGUAUAUAAUAUGUGGUACAUUAGGGGGAACAGCAGUAAUUUGUAUAUUCAUAAUUAUUGGAAUAUGCAGAAAACGCUUGCCUCAAAUAAAGAAUACACCUUCAAGAACCAACUCUGCAGGACACCCCAUUUCUAAUACAGUAAGUAAUGUCUUAGACAUUCCAAUGUCUAAUCAACCACAAGGCCAAAAAGCUGGUAGAUCUAAAGGUGCCCCUCAAAGGGGAAAGACAAAUAAAAGAAACGCGGAAAAGGGCAGGGGUGUACAGUCUAAUAGUUACAGAUAUGGACAAAGAGCAGAUUUGACUGAUUACAACAUUUCGCAUUUAACACGUGACGAACAUCAGUAUGAAACAAUCCGUGAUGAUCAUAUAUACGAAACUCUUCAUACGUAUGCCAACAUGUGAACAGUAUGAAACUGUGAACACUAUAAUUUCUUAUAAAAUGAAGUGGAAACUCGGAAACUCUGCUUUGUUGCUGAAUUUUAAAAAUGUUGUUUCUUGAAACUAUCGAUUCGGGUAGAUUUGAAAAAUGAAAAAAGCAACAGUGUUUUACAUCGUGAAGUAAGAAAGUUUUAAUGAUAAUGUUUUAAUCAUGUUUCCAGUACAUCAAAUUUCGUUGUAUCCGAAGCUAUUUCCCUUUUUAUUAACAAGAUUAAAUUGUAAAGAGUCAGGAUUAAUAAAGAAAAAAAUAUAUUUCAAUUCAGAAAAAAUGCUGCUUUUGCCAUUUUUGUAACUGGAAAAAAUUAUAUGAAGCAAACGAAAACUUUAUAAACAUGUUUAUGGCUAAACUAUUUUUUGUUACUAUAUAUGAAACAUUUAGUAUGACAUCCGCCUUUCUUUUAAUCUUUUUAUUCUUUUAUUCGUGUCAUUUUCUAUUCUGAAUUGACCUUACCCCAUUUACUAACGUUUUUCGUUGGUGAUCAAAAGCAUAUCUUUGACUGACCAUCUUCGUGGGUGGUAAUAGGACUGCAAGCUUAGCCUAACGUCCAAGCCCUCUAACCUAAGUAGAGCAGAGCUCGAGAUUUUCUUAUAUUACAAAUAUCAAAGCAUAAUUAAGAGAACUCGCAGAUGCAUUUAUACGACGUUGGAACAUUCGAUGAUAUACAGAUUGCAAUGGCAUGAAAAGGCGGCGUAUGAACCCUAGUUAAAAUGAUGGGUUUUUACAUUAAAGUGCUCUUUCCAUCUUAUUCAAUUUUAGAGGGACUGGUGGAUCUGUGGUAACACGCUUGACUGUCAAAUCCAGAGGUCCGGUUUUUGAAUCCCGACCCGAGCACUGGAAAUUUUUUAGAUGGUCUUUAGUGCCUCUAAUAAACUAAGAGGCCUGCACUGGUUCUUUCAAGAAAAGACGUCUUUGCGUGUAUCAGUUCUUUACACCAGACAAGUUAAUUGACCAGAAUGUCUAUUCGCAAAGAGCUAAGAUAACUUAGCCGAACUGACCUGUACCUAAAAGGAUUUCUCACUAUCUGUUCUGGAUUUAUCUCACCCUGGUCAGAUUUCUCUGUGUCUGUACUAGUAAAGGAUACAUUUUUUUCGCCCUGUGUGGCUGCCUUUGGUAUAUGUAAAGCGCCUUUGAACGUGUUUAUCAUGAAGAGGGCGCUAUAUAAAUGUGGUAUGAUAAUAAUAAAUGAAAAUUUUAAUGAAAUUUUGCAGUGUUACAGUAACUGUUUGAAAAGAAUUUGAUAUGAUAUUGUGCUUUUUCUAGUAGAAUAAACGAGACCCUUUUUUUCUUUGAGGUUGGAGACCAUAUUUUUUUUAGUUUCACCAAAAUGUCGGAUGAAAAACUUGUGUAAAGUGGUAACGUAUUCAA